AUGGAGUUCCCAUUUUUUCAUGGGAAGAUAACAAGAAAAACCUGUGAAGAACUGAUGAGCAAGACCAGAAAUGGUAGCUAUUUAAUACGAGAGAGUGAAAGCAUGGAAGGAGCUUUGUGUCUCUGUGUUUUCUUUGAAGGAGUCAUCUACACUUACCGUAUCUUCAAGGACCACCAAGGAUAUUUUAGAAUACAGACUACUGAAGGUGUUCCAGACAGGAUCUUCAGAACAUUAAAGGACCUAAUAUACACUUAUGAAAAGCCAGAUCAAGGACUAAUAAUAAACCUCCGCUACCCAGUAAAGAAACAAAAGGUCUCACAAAGAAGCCAGAGGUUAAAGUCAGGAAAGGAUGACAUUUAUGAUGAAAUUGAUGACAGCGAUUACAUCACUGUCUUGCCCUGA